AACAGUUUGUUCGAUACCCAACUGAUGCCUCUUCUCUAGAAUAUUCUGUAUACCCUCUCUCCCUCUCAAGCUCGUAUCCUUCAUUUUGACAGAAGUGACGGCAUCUUUUUUCAAAAGUUAACGAGAAACCAAAACAGAUGUGAAGACCGUCAGGAACUCAUUUGGAUUUUCACUUCAUUUGAGCGGAGAAUCCCAUAUUCUUGCUUUUCUUCUGAAAGCUAAAAUUUAAUCAAAUCGAGCGGGAACUAGAAGAAAUGGAAGACAAGACGAAGUUGAUGUCUACCAAGGGACUGCUGCAGAGUCAAGAAUUGUAUGAGUAUAUUCUGGAGACUAAUGUGUAUCCACGCGAACCAGAGCCUCUCAAAGAGAUUAGAGAUAUUACUGCCAAUCAUCCACGAUGUCUGAUGGCGACUGCACCAGAUGCAGGCCAAAUGAUAUCCAUGCUAUUGGAACUAGUAAACGCCAAAAAGACAAUAGAAAUUGGAGUGUUCACAGGAUAUUCCUUGCUACUUACAGCUCUUACAAUUCCUGAUGAUGGCAAGAUUACUGCCAUAGACCUUGAUCGGGACGCAUAUGAGAUGGGAAUGCCAGUAAUCAGAAAGGCUGGACUUGAGCACAAAAUCAAUUUCAUCCAAUCUCCAGCUUUACCGGUCCUUGACAAACUGUUGGAAGAUAAUGACAACAAAGAAAGUUAUGAUUUUGCAUUCAUUGACGCGGACAAAGUGAAUUAUCAAAAGUAUCACGAGAGACUGCUGCAGCUUGUGAAGGUUGGAGGUAUAAUAGUAUAUGAUAACACACUGUGGUCUGGAACUGUUGCAAUGCCAGAGGAGUCUGUUUCAGAAUUAUUGAAAGCAGUCAGACAUCACACCAUUGAAUUUAACAAGUUCUUGGCUGCUGAUACCCGCAUUCGACUUUCUCAAGUACCUUUAGGGGAUGGAAUUACAAUCUGCAGGCGCUUGUGAUCGUAUAUUUUACUCAAAUGUCGCAUAGUACCUAGAAAGUACUUUCAAUCCUUUGGAUUUUGUUACUACUGGUGUUUCUUUUACUUUGUUUACCUUAAUUAUUUUUGGUGUCAAUACUUUUCUUUUCUUCAGUAUUUUCAUCUUAGCUUUCUUCUACUCUUGUAUUUUUCAAACCUGUUUUGAAAAUGCAUUUCUUGAGUCGGAGGUCGGAAACAGCCUCUCUAACUCACACAAGGUAGAGAUAAAGUAUGCAUACACUGUACUCUCCUUAGACUCCACUUAUAGAAUCACAUUGGGUAUGUUGUUGUUGUUA